UCACAAAUGUCUAAAAUGUCUACCUUCGAAAUGAAAAAGUUUGAAGGUUGGGAGACGGCCUUGGAUCCUGAUACUCUCAGUCUCCUUUCUAUUCUGAAUUUCCGUAAAACUAAAUUUGACUUCACUUACGAUAAGCGAAUCGAGCACUUGACGAUAUCUAAAUUUGUAUCAUGGAUUGCAGAAAUUGAUGUUUGGAUGCAAGGGAUAGGAAGAAGUUGGGUUAUUAUACCGGAACAACCACCUAAACAACAAGCGCAAGGGGAUGGUGUGAGGAUGUUCUGGAAUAAUGUCGAAUUGGAGGUUGACACAAUGAAGUUGAAGCAAGCUGAGGUUCAGUUUGCUGUCGACCAAUCUCUUACGGGAAAUAAGGCCAAUUCCAUUUUGAACGAGAUGAAGCUAAGUUUUAUUUUGAAUCAGAAGAAUGCAGUAAUUGGAUGCAAGCGAACCUAUCCAAACGAGGAGUUAACUCAGCCAACUCCUCAAAAUAAGUAUGCAAGACCACCGGAAAGUAAACUUCGCUCAAAGAAA